AUAGAUAGAUGGAUGGAUGGAUGGAUGGGUGGAUGGGUGGAUAGUUGGUAGUUUGGUUGGCGGUAAGUGUAACUAAGUGGUACCUUCGGGCAGUGUUGUUGUUGCUUUUUGCUACACAUCUUCAAAAUGAGUGUGUGUAUAUUUCUGCGUGUGUGCGUGUGUACGUCCCCGGGAUGGACGAAGAAGGCCUGCUUUAUAGUAAAAAGGGGGCGGCAAACAAUUGCGAGGACGGGAAUGUGAAGGGCCUGGAAUGAUCAAACCCCAAGAAGAUAUCACACUAAACUCUGGACCAGCACCAUCAGUAUAGCAUCCAACAUGAACCCGAAAAGAAGUGUGAUCCUCUUGCUCCUGGGGACUUUGUCCUUUAUCAUGGCACAAGAGGACGAAAGCAACCCUGACGUGGAAUCCUCAACACUGGGGUCCAGUGAGCCUCUUAUCCCGCAAUUUGAACAGCCCAAGAAAAUGGAGAACGAGAAGAAAGAUCAUGAGAACAGCGGGACAGAGCGGCACAUCAACAUCAUCGAGAUCGAUACGCCUUUGGGACCCGUUCAAGGCAUGUUCCGGGCCACAGCGAGUGGCAACAAUAUCUAUGCGUUCAUGGGUCUCCCCUACGCUGAGCCUCCUUUGCAAGAUUACCGCUUCACGGAUCCCUUCCCCAAAGCUCCUUGGAUCAAUGCUGUGGAUGCCACAGCUGUGAAACCUCUGUGCCUCCAGACCAACUCGAUCUCGUUCAAGAUGGAGGGCGAGGAGGACUGCCUGUACCUGAAUAUCUACUCACCAAAGCUACCUCAUGCCGGCAGCAAUGCUCGCGACGGUCUUCUCCUUCCGGUGGUCGUUUUCAUUCACGGCAUGGAACACUUCACCUCCGACACGUCGAGCCAAUGGAACCCUGAGCUCUUGGUGGAGGAAGACGUGGUGGUGGUGACUUUAAGCUACCGUUUGGGCGUUUUCGGAUUCCUCAACAUCAACCACCCCUUGCUGUCCGGCAACCAAGGUCUCAAGGAUCAACUGGAGGCUCUUCGAUGGAUCCGACAGAACAUCCAUGUUUUCGGAGGUGACGGCAAGCGUCUGACCCUGAUGGGACACGGCUCUGGCGCCAUCAGUGUGGACCUGCACCGAUACUCCUACCAGACUCGGGAUCAAGGCCUGUUCCACUCACUCAUCAUGCAAUCUGGAUCCGCUCUCUCUCUUCACCAUCCCAUGAUGAAGCAGUCGACCAUCACCAAUUCUCAACGAUUUGCCGAAGAGGUCGGAUGCAAUCAAACUAACCCCAACGAUAUUGUCGAAUGUCUUCAAGCCAAGCCCGCCGAGGAGCUCUUGGAAAUGAGCAAAUUGGAAGAAGAUCCUCUUUUGGCCUUAAAAAAGGACCAAAAUGGCACCAAUUUCAUGUUUCUACCCUCGUUGGAUCCUCUUUCCGAAUUCCCUUACAUGACCGAGCUGCCUUUCUCUUCGUUGAUGAAGGGCGAUUACGAGGAUCUGCCCAACAUCCGGGGCAUGACUCAAGACGAAGGUGGAUACUUGACGGGUCAAUUUUGGGAUUUCCAAGAUGAGUUGUCCAUGAACUGGACCGAAUUAGGAUCGGCCUUCAUCUUUGGCUCCACUGCAGCAGAUCGCUCCCUGACCGAAGAGAUCAAGACCAACGUGAUCAAACGAUUUUACGUGGGCACCCAGAACUUCACGAAUGACCUCAAGGAGGAGAUGGGACAGCUCUUCACCGACAUCAUGACCAUGUCCAACACCCUGAAGUCCAUUGAAUUCGAUUCCAUCAACUUGCAAAAACCCUCUUACCUGUAUUUGCUCAGCCACAAACCCUCCACCAGUCUGAGUUCGCUGCUUCCGGCAGGUGGCGAGGAUUUGGGUGUUAUCCACGGUGACGAUCUCUCGUUUCUUUUCAAGGACGCCUUCGGUAUCGACAACGCCAUCCUCUCGCAGGAGGACAAGGAGACCUCGAAGAACUUUAUCCGAGUCAUGACCAAUUUCAUUAAGUACCAAGACCCGACCCCCUUCGUCGGCGUUCAAACUUGGGUGCCUGUCAAUGCGAGUUCACUGAAUUAUCUAGACAUUAUGGCCGAGCCUGAGCUCAAGGACUUCUCGAUCAGCGAAAGGCGAUACUUCUGGCAACGCGUCUAUUGGGACGAUGUCGAGGCUCAACAGGAGAAGAAGACCACGGUCCGAUCCUCGAGUAGUGCCACGCCCCUUUCCCUCUCUCAAGGUCCUACUGUGAGGGCUCUUUCCUAAAUAAACCAACCCACCAUUGUGAUUUCCUCUCCUCAUUCAGCUUAAGAAAUAAAGGAUAUUUUAUUUGGAAACUUC